ACGGUGAGCCAGCACUGCUCUAGAAGCCACAGAAUUAGCCUUAUGCCAGCAGUACAUCACAGCAUUUUAACUUAGGGGCAUAGGAAGCUGCCUUAUAUUGAGUCAGAGCCUUAGUUCAUCUAGUACAUAGUUGUCUAUACUGACUGGCAGUAGCUCUCCAGGAUUUCAGGCAGGGUCCUCACCCAGCAGUACCUGGAGAUGCUGGGGAUUGAAUUUGGGACCUUUUGUAUGCAAAACAUAUGCUUUACCACUGAGCUAUGGCUGUCCACUUGCAGAUUAGAGUAUAAGUGAGAUGAAGAAGGAGAAGGCAAGCUUGGGAAGCAGUUUGCAUGCUUUUUCCUGCUACCUCUGCAUGUCUUGUUUCCUCCUGCCAGCUGGAUUGCCAGUGUAACUAGCUGGCUGGCUCAGAUAUUUCGCCAGGAGAGCAUGGGGGCAGGUGGAGGUCAAAUGGAGAGACCCAUCCAUCCUUCACCAGCCCACUCACCUGCAUGGAAUUCUCUGCAUAGAAUUCCUAAGUGCCUAUUGUUAUCAGAAAAAACUCAGGAAGAAGCCUGUACUAAUGAAAAGCAAGUGUCUCCUGUGGAUUUGGACUCUGGGAGGCACCUUACCUCCUUACAGAAGGGCAGGAACUCUACAGCUUCAAAAGGCCUGGAAUAUUUCACCUUUAAUUGCUCUUCAAGUCAGAAAUAUUUUUGUGAAAACCAUGGAUGGUGAUCAGGCACAAUGUAUGGAAACAGCUGACUCGAAUCUGGAGCAAAAUGUGGCUCAGUCCCCUAUAGUGAGCACUACUGGUGGCAGUGAGGCAGUAAAGAAUGGAGGAACCCUGGUCACUGAAGGGAAGGGGAAAAUAUUUUUUCCAAGUGCCAAUGAAGUGUUCUACAACCCUGUUCAGGAGUUUAACAGAGACCUUACGUGUGCAGUCCUUACGGAAUUUGUACGGCUGCAGCUUUCAUCAAAAGGGAUUUCAAUUGCAGUCCCUGGAGAGGAGAAUGUCUCAAAAAUGAUUGUGGAUCUCUCGAAAGGGGAAAAGGAUGAUGACCUGGAGCAGACACCUGGUGGUGAUGACCAGCAAGAUAAUGAGGAGCAUGAAGCUGUGAAAGUGGGGGAAGUAUGCCAGGAGGGAGUCCGAGUGCUGGAGGCCUUGGCUGCUUCUGGAUUACGCUCCAUCCGGUUUGCAAAGGAGGUUCCUGGCCUUCAGAGAGUGGUGGCUAAUGACUUAUCUGCCAAGGCUGUUGAGCUAAUAACCAAAAACAUCCAGCUCAAUGAUGUUGGACACCUGGUGACUCCAAGCUUGUCAGAUGCCCGGAUGCUGAUGUACCAGAGCAAGGCAGACAGAGACCUCUUUGAUGUCAUUGAUCUGGACCCGUAUGGCAGCCCUUCAAUGUUUCUGGAUGCUGCGGUUCAGAGCGUGAGUGACGGAGGCCUGCUGUGUGUCACAUGCACCGACAUGGCUGUAAUGGCUGGGAACUCCGGGGAGACCUGCUACAGCAAAUAUGGGGCCAUGUCUAUCAAGGGCAAGUUCUGCCAUGAGAUGGCCCUGCGGAUUAUCCUGCACAGCAUUGAUCUGCGGGCCAACUGCUACCAGCGCUACAUUGUCCCACUCCUGUCGGUCAGUGCAGAUUUCUACAUUCGCGUUUUCGUCCGGGUCUUUACUGGGCAAGCCAAGGUUAAAGCUUCUGCCAGCAAACAGGCCUUUGUCUAUAACUGUGUGGGCUGUGGUUCCUUUCAUAUCCAGAGACUUGGCAAAGUGGCUCACAAUGGAAACAACUUCAACUACAAGGCUGCUUGUGGGCCUCCUGUGGGACCAUCCUGUGAGUAUUGUCAGCAGCGCCACCAGCUGGGUGGCCCUCUGUGGGCAGAGCCCCUGCACAAUGCGGAUUUUGUCCAGCGAGUCCUGUCAGCAGUUGGGAGCAACCCAUCACGCUUCCGAACAAGCCAGCGGAUUCAGGGCAUCCUAAGCAUGGUGAUGGAGGAGCUCAGUGAUGUCCCUCUCUACUACACCCUUGACAAUCUCAGCAAAACCGUCCAUUGCAGCAGCCCUUCCCUGCUACAGUUCAGGUCAGCUCUCCUCCAUGCUGGUUACCGGGUGUCGCUGUCCCAUGCCUGCAAAAACGCCAUCAAGACAGAUGCGCCACCAUCUGUGCUUUGGGACAUCAUGCGCUGCUGGGAGAAACUCAAUCCUGUGAAAAGAGAGCGCCUUUCCGAGAGCAGCCCAGCUGCCCACAUCCUUUCUGUAGAACCCAAGCUUCAGGCAUCCUUCACUGUCCGGGCAGAUGCUAAUCCUAGCUCACGAAAGCAAGGCCUCAAACGGUUCCAGCUGAAUCCUGAGCCUUUUUGGGGCCCAAAAGCAAGAGCCAAAGCUGGGGGUGGGAUCUCGUCCUCCUUGCAGGAAAAGAGAAAGCUACAUCAGAACAAGAGGAAAGAAUGUGCAGAACAGAGUGAUGGGGCCCACCUGAAGAACUUUCCCUGCAAACGGUUCCGGCAAGGCAACUGUUCACUGGGGGACAAGUGCUGCUACUCCCAUGAGACAGAAGGAAAGACGGCAGAAAACAACCCAGCACCAUCUUGAUGAGAAACAGUCUUUGGUAUCUGCUCCCUUUUGUUUUAUAUAUCUGUGCUAAAUGGAGAGCCUUUAUUUUCAAAUGACUGUCCAUUUAUGAUGUGCCUGCCAUUAAACAAUGGUGUUAGCUUUUGAUGGUU